AUGUACACAUGGACAUGCCUUACGCUGAGGGUUACCGAUGCUGCCUCACAUGUGUCGAUUGAUUCACCAGAUGGCCAGAAGCAAUUCCCCUGCAGUUCUGACCAGGAAGCUUCCACCAUCGGUAAGGAGUUUUACAUGAGUUGGAUAGCGGAGUUUGGCACUCCAUUCCGGAUCACCACAGAUCAAAGGAGACAGUUCGAGUCUAGCCUGUUCAACGAGCUAUGUAAGUUGACUGGCACGAACCACAGCCUACCACUCAGCAGCCAACGCAAUGACCGAUGGACCGAAACGCUUCCCAGUGUCCUUCUGGGAAUGAGAACAGCCUGGCGGGACGACAUGAAAGCAGCCGCUGCAGAAAUGGUAUACGGAGAGCCAUUAAGAUUGCCCGGAGAAUUUUUAUCUACAAGUACGGAUGAUAAUGCAGACACAGCCGACUUGUUAGUGAAUCUGAGGAAACAAAUAAGAAGAAUAAGACCUAUCAACGCAAACCACCACGGAGAACGACACAGCUUCGUGUUCAAGGAAUUGGAAACGUCACAAUUCGUGUUCGUCUAA